AUGGUCAAAUCAAUAAUAUCACCAUCAAUACUUGCUUCAGAUUUUGCAAAUUUAGGAUGCAGUUGUAAAAGAGUAGUUGAUACAGGUGAUGUAGAUUGGUUACAUUUAGAUGUUAUGGAUGGUCAUUUUGUACCAAAUAUUUCAUUUGGUGCACCAAUAAUUGAAAGUUUAAGAAAACAAUUCCCAAAAAAUAGUGAUAAACCAAUUGUAUUUGAUUGUCAUAUGAUGGUAUCUGAUCCAGAACAAUGGAUUGAAGAUAUUGCAAAAGCUGGUGGUGAUUCAUAUACUUUCCAUUUUGAAGCAACAAAAGAUCCAGCAUCAGUAAUUGCUAAAAUUAAAAAACAUGGUUUAAAAGCAGCAAUGGGGAUAAAACCAAAUACUUCAAUAGAAGAAGUAUAUCCUUAUGCAGAUGAUUUAGAUAUGGUAUUGGUUAUGACUGUUGAACCAGGUUUUGGAGGUCAAAAAUUUAUGCAAGAUAUGAUGCCAAAAGUUGAAAAAUUAAGAGCAAAAUAUCCCCAUUUGAAUAUUCAAGUAGAUGGAGGAUUAGGUAAAGAUACUGUAAAACCAUCUGCUGAAGCUGGAGCUAACGUGAUUGUUGCUGGAACAUCAGUUUUUAAAGCAGAAAAUCCAAAAGAAGUUACAGAAUUCUUGAAAAAAACAGUUGAUGAAAGUAUAUUGGCUAGAUCUAAAUAA